AGUAAUAGGAGACCACAAAUUGCUCAGCAGAUGCUUGUCUGCAGAUCAGAUAGACAAGGAGGGAGGUUAUCCCAGUAGCUUGUAAGUUUAUGGACUACGUGCAUUAAAAGGGUCUGAUUAUCUCUUGGAUCAGAUCCUCUUGUGCUGUAAGGUUCCAGAUCUGGCAACCCCGGCGCGUUGUGAUUACAUUAGGAGGGAGUCAGCAGAACCCAGAGUCUCAGUGGGAGAACAGGUCAGCCCCUGGUGGAAUUCACCCAUGUUCGCUACAGGACCAACAGCCCUGAUAACAUAUUGUCAGCACACUGGUCACCAGCUAUCGCCUCCCCUGUGUCUGGGAGCAAAUAUGACUUCUGCAUUCAAGUUAGUUUUUAACACAAUGAAAUGAGACACACCCUUGAAAUCCAGUUGAACAGGAGAGGCACAGAGAUAACGAUAGGAUUCGACAUCAUAGUAGAACCUAAGCUUCAACAGAGAGAUGACAGAUGUAAUUCUAGAAUACUAACACUACAACCUGCAGCUGGCUUCAACAGAUCUUUAAAAUGGCCUUGAGAUCAGAGGAGAAACUCACUUGUUCAGUCUGCCAUGACAUUUUUAAAGAUCCUGUUCUUCUGACAUGUAACCACAACUUCUGCAACACCUGUGUACAGACAUGGUGGAGACAGAAACAAACAAGGGAGUGUCCAGUGUGUAUGGUUCUGUCCAAAAGGAACAACCCACCUCGUAACCUGGCUUUAAAGAACCUGUGUGAGGCCUUUUUACUGGAGAGAGAUCAGGGAGCUUCAGUAGGGUCUGAGGGUCUCUGCAGUCUGCACUCUGAGAAAUUCAAACUCUUCUGUCUGGACCAUCAGCAGCCAGUGUGUGUUGUCUGUAGAGAUUCAAGAAUGCAUAUCAACCACAGAUUCAGACCCAUCGAUGAAGCUGCACAAGAACACAGAGUGAGGCUCCAGAAAUCCCUGAAGCCCUUAAUUCUGGAUCCAAACACUGCUCAUCCACAACUCAUCCUGUCUGAAGAUCUGACCAGUGUGAGACGUGGACAGAGACAGAAGCUUCCUGAAAACCUAGAAAGGUUUGACACUCAUCACAUUGUCCUAGGCUCUGAGGGCUUUGACUCAGGAACUCACAGCUGGGAUGUUGAGGUUGGACACAGUCAAAUCUGGUCUGCGGGUGUAGUAGUAGAAUCUGCUGAGAGGAAGGGAGUAAUUGGUUCAGUGGCUAAAUUAUGGAGAAUAUACUUUUAUGAUAGUAAAUUCACAGCACACCCCCCACCAGAUCCUCCCACUUCGACCUCAGUGAAGAAGCUCCAUAGGAUCAGAGUGAAUCUGGACUGGGACAAUGGAAUGUUGUCCUUCUCUGAUCCUGAUACUAACACACACAUACACACCUUCACGCACACUUUCACUGAGAAGCUGUUUCCACUCUUUAGUUCUAGGGAUACAUUCCCACUGAAAAUACUGGCAGUUGGUCACUGA